CUGCAAAAAGAGAGAGAGAAAAAAAAAACACUACAUCACCUCUCUUUCCAAACAUUCACAAAUAACAAUUAAAUUUCCAAUCUUUUUGCAAAACCCAAGUUCUUUUUGGCAUAAAGAACAUAACCCAGAAAAUUCUUUGAUUAAAUUUUAGUGGAUUUUGAUUACUAGUGAAAAAAAUGGAUGGAACUGAUAUAUAUAAAGCUGCAAAUAGUAUAAGGCUGGGAAGUUUAAGAGUUGGAAGUACAAGAGGAAGUGGAAGAAUAGGAAGUUUAAGAUCAGGAAGUACUUCAGUAUGGAGGAAUUCUGGAAUGGACGUUUUCUCAAAAUCUUCACAUGAAGAAGAUGAUGAAGAAGCACUUAAAUGGGCUUCUCUUGAAAAGCUGCCAACUUUUGAUCGUUUGAGAAAAGGUUUGCUUUUUGGAUCAACUGGGCCAUCUAAUGAAGUUGAUAUAGAUAAUCUUGGACCAGAUGAUAGAAGGCAUUUGCUUGAUAGACUUGUUAAAGUUGCUGAUGAAGAUAAUGAAAAGUUUCUGUUGAAGCUCAGAGACAGACUUGAUAGGGUUGGAAUUGAAUUGCCAACAAUUGAAGUCAAAUAUGAGCAUGUAACGGUGGAAGCAGAUGUUAAUACUGGAAGCCGAGUUUUGCCAAGUUUUGUAAACUUUCAUAUUGAGAUAGUUGAGACUCUACUCAAUUUAUUCCAUCUACUUCCGAAUAAGAAAAGGCAUAUAACUAUUCUUGAUGAUGUUAGUGGUCUCAUUAAGCCUAAGAGAAUGACAUUACUUUUGGGUCCUCCAAGUUCUGGAAAGACAACAUUAUUGAAAGUCUUGGCUGGGACAGUGGACAAGGAGCUUACGAAUAAGGGUAAGGUAACCUAUAACGGGCACGAGUUGCAUGAGUUUGUACCCGAGAGAACUGCUGCUUAUAUCAGUCAAAAUGAUAUCCACAUUGGAGAAAUGACUGUUAGAGAGACUUUGGCCUUCUCUGCAAGAUGUCAAGGCGUGGGAUCACGCUAUGAUAUGUUAGCCGAGUUGUCUAGAAGAGAAAGAGAUGCAAAUAUAAAGCCUGAUCCUGAUAUCGAUGUGUACAUGAAGGCUGCUGCAACCGAAGGUCAAGAAGCUAACGUCGUUACAGAUUAUACUCUCAAGCUAUUGGGGUUAGACAUAUGUGCUGAUACAAUGGUGGGGGAUCAAAUGAUAAGAGGGAUUUCUGGUGGACAAAAGAAGCGUGUGACAACUGGUGAAAUGAUAGUUGGGCCAUCUAAGGUUCUUCUUAUGGACGAAAUAUCAACAGGGUUGGAUAGUUCUACAACUUUUCAGAUUGUUAAGUCACUCAAACAAUUUCUUCACAUUCUCGAGGGUACUGCUGUCAUCUCACUCCUUCAGCCUGCACCAGAGACAUAUGAUUUGUUUGAUGACAUUAUACUCUUGACCGAUGGAAAGAUCGUAUAUCAAGGCCCUCGUGAAAAUGUACUCGAGUUUUUUGAAUCAAUGGGGUUCAAAUGCCCAGAGAGGAAAGGUGUUGCUGAUUUCUUGCAAGAAGUGACAUCGAAGAAAGAUCAGCAACAAUAUUGGAAAAGAAGAGACGAGCCAUAUAGAUUUGUGACUUCCAAGGAAUUUGCAGACGCAUUCCAAUCAUUUCAUGUCGGAAGGAAGUUGGCAGAAGAGAUUUCCAUCUCAUAUGACAAAAGUAAAAGCCACCCUGCUGCACUCACAACUGAAAAGUAUGGGUUGAAUAAGAAAGAACUCUUGAAAGCUUGUACAGAUAGAGAAAUCUUGCUCAUGAAAAGAAACUCUUUCGUUUAUAUUUUCAAACUGUUCCAACUAACCAUCAUGGCUUUCAUUGCUAUGACGGUGUUUUUCCGAACUGAGUUGCAUAAAAGAACUCUAGAAGAUGGAGGAUUGUACAACGGAGCUCUAUUUUUUGGUGUAACUAUGCUCAUGUUUAAUGGGAUGUCUGAGAUUUCAAUGACAAUUGCAAAACUUCCUGUAUUUUACAAACAACGGAACUUCCUCUUUUACCCCUCAUGGGCGUACGCCCUUCCCUCAUGGAUCAUCAAGAUUCCUGUGUCAUUUCUCGAAGCUGCAGUUUGGACAUGUCUCUCUUACUAUGUCAUAGGAUUUGAUCCGAACAUCACAAGAUUCUUGAAACACUACUUGAUUCUGCUGGUUGUAGGCCAGAUGGCCUCUGGACUGUUUCGGUUCAUUGGUGCAUUGGGUAGAAAUAUGAUUGUUGCAAACACGUUUGGUUCAUUUGCACUUCUCAUCAUAUUUGUAUUGGGUGGUUUUGUCCUCACAAGAGAUGAUGUCAAGGGUUGGUGGAUAUGGGGAUACUGGACAUCUCCAAUGAUGUAUGCAAUGAACGGACUAGCUGUGAACGAGUUUCUUGGGCAUAGCUGGAGAAGACCCCAAAACGACUCAACAUUAGGGAGAGUAACUAUGAAAGGCAGAGGGUUCUUUGCAGAAGCAUACUGGUAUUGGAUAGCAGUCGCAGCCUUAGUUGGAUUCAUUUUCCUGUUCAACUUCUGUUAUGCUUUGUCUCUCGAGUUCCUCGAUGCUUUCGACAAGACUCAAUCUAAUAUGUCAGCGGAGGAUGAAACUGAUGGGACCGUUGAACUAUCAUCCAUGGGUGAUGCAGGAACUCAAGAAAAGAAGAAGGGAAUGAUUCUUCCAUUCGAACCACAUUCAAUCACCUUCGAUGAUGUCAAAUACUCUGUUGAUAUGCCACAGGAAAUGAAAGAUCAAGGAGUGGGUGAAGACAGAUUGCUUUUACUUAAGGGUGUUAGUGGAGCCUUCAGGCCCGGUGUUCUCACAGCUUUGAUGGGUGUGAGUGGUGCCGGAAAAACUACUCUUAUGGAUGUGCUAGCAGGAAGGAAAACUGGGGGGUAUAUCGAGGGUGAUAUAAAAAUUUCCGGGUAUCCAAAGAAACAAGAAACAUUUGCCCGGAUUUCCGGUUAUUGUGAGCAGAAUGAUAUCCACUCUCCUCAUGUUACUGUUUACGAGUCAUUGCUUUACUCGGCCUGGCUCAGGUUAUCAUCAGAUGUUGAUGAACAGAAAAGAAAGACGUUCGUUGAUGAGGUUAUGGACCUUGUUGAACUAAAUAACCUUAAGGAUGCAUUAGUCGGAUUACCCGGUGUCAAUGGUUUAUCAACAGAACAGCGAAAGAGAUUAACCAUAGCAGUUGAGCUCGUUGCUAACCCGUCCAUUAUAUUUAUGGAUGAGCCAACAUCUGGGUUAGAUGCUAGAGCUGCAGCUAUUGUGAUGAGAACUGUUAGAAACACAGUGGACACUGGAAGAACAGUUGUAUGCACCAUUCAUCAACCAAGCAUUGACAUUUUUGAAGCUUUUGAUGAGUUGUUCUUGAUGAAAAGAGGAGGACUAGAGCUAUAUGUUGGACCCGUAGGUCGGCAUUCUUGCCAUCUCAUCGAGUACUUUGAGGCUAUCGAUGGUAUAAGUAAGAUUAAAGAUGGAUAUAACCCUGCAACAUGGAUGUUGGAAGUCAGUACUUCAGCACAAGAAGUCGCUCUAGGGGUGGAUUUCACCACAAUCUACAGGAAUUCCGAACUUUACAAGAGGAACAAAGCACUUAUUGCCGAAUUAGGUGUACCACGUCCGGGGACUAAAGAUCUAUACUUUCCAACUCAAUACUCACAGUCCUUCCUCAUUCAAUGCAUAGCUUGUCUAUGGAAACAACGGUAUUCGUACUGGCGAAACCCACCAUACACAGCCGUUCGUUUUGUCUUCACCACCUUCAUUGGGCUCAUUUUUGGUACAAUAUUUUGGGAUCUUGGUGGUAAAAAGUCAACCACACAAGAUGUUGUAAACGCGAUGGGUUCUAUGUACACUGCGGUUCUUUUCUUGGGAAUCCAAUAUGCAUCAGCAGUCCAACCGGUUGUUGAUAUUGAACGAACUGUGUUUUACAGAGAGAGAGCUGCCGGGAUGUACUCUGCUUUGCCUUAUGCUUUUGCUCAGGUUCUGGUUGAGAUCCCAUAUGUAGUAGUACAAACACUAAUAUACAGUGUGAUAGUGUACGCUAUGAUCGGAUUCGAUUGGACUGUUGCAAAAUUCUGCUGGUAUCUGUACUUCCAACUUUGUUGUUUCCUCUACAUGACCUACUACGGUAUGAUGACCGUUGCCAUCACCCCAAACGCAAGCAUUGCCGCCAUCAUUGCUGCUUCAUUCUACGGAAUCUUCAAUCUCUUUUCUGGUUUCAUUAUUCCACGACCCGCAAUUCCAGUCUGGUGGAGAUGGUACUACUGGGGAAAUCCUUUGGCAUGGACUAUCUAUGGCCUGGUUGUUUCACAGUUUGGCGAGUUUGAAAAUGUACUUACAAACGGUGAAACUGUUAAAGGCUACUUGGACCGAUACUUUGGUUUCAAGCAUAGUUUUCUUUGGCCUGUUGCUGGAGCGCAUAUUGGACUGGUCCUGUUCUUUGCGGUCAUCUUUGCUUACUGCAUUCGAUCCUUUAAUUUCCAGAAGAGAUAGUUUUGUUCUAUUAAUUUGUCUGAUAAAAAUAUAUGUUUAUUUGUAACUACUUGUAGUAAACUUAUGAUUUGUAAUCAAUAAAUAAAAUAUUAAAUAUUCUUGUUCCCAGAA